CAUCCUUGUCACGUGGCUACACUAACAUGGCAUGCCAUCUAACACAUAUAACACUUAUCUUACAGACUUACACGAGAUAGUUGUGAAUUUAGAACGAAGAUUGUCAAAACAAUUCAAUGGCACACAAAUUCCUCCUCAAACCAACCUUCAUUCUCACUCUCACUAAACAAUUCACAACAAAAACUCCACACCACCACUUUCUUCAUAAUCAUCACCAUUAUCCAAUUUUCAACUCACCCAAACAAUCCUCUUCCUUUCUCAACACUCACCCAAUCUCACUUCGCUCCACAACCACCACAGCCACAAACACCACCGCUGCCGCCCCCAAUUACGGCGGUUACCUAGACCUAUCGGACGAUGACCUAAUGCGACAGUGCGAAAUGGGGACAUUCAAAAGCUCUGGUCCCGGUGGUCAACACCGUAACAAACGCGAAUCUGCUGUUCGUCUUAAACAUUUACCCACUGGUAUCAUCGCUCAGGCUUCUGAAGAUCGAUCUCAGCAUAUGAACCGUGCUUCUGCUCUUAAACGCCUUCGCUCUCUUAUAGCUCUCAAAGUUAGGAAAACGGUGGAUCUUGAGGCGUAUGCACCACCUCGAGAGCUUCUUCAGAUACUUCCUCCCAAGUCAUUAAUUAGAGGGUCAGAGAUUGGUUCACAAAUUGGGCCUAAUAACCCUAAAUUUGCAAUGGGAAUGCAAGCUCUUCUGGAUCUCAUUUUUGCGGUUGAGGGAUCUGUCUCAGAUGCUGCAAAAUAUCUCGGGUUAUCUACUGGAGCAGUGUCUCGGUUAAUCCUUUCUGAUGAUUCACUUAGAAAGGAAGUAAAUGAUCUGCGGGCAUCGAAGGGUAUGAAGCCUCUCAAGUAGAAGCCUAAAAACCUAACCCAACUGAAGAAGUUGAAACUUGAAAGUGAACAAUAUAGAAGCUGAUGAAAUUGAAAAAGGUUGAAUUUUCAAAUUAUAGAGAACUCAGCACAUUCUCCGGAACACAACAUCUAGAGUUGGAUAAAACUUGUGUUUUAAGGUUUAUGCUUAAAGAAUAUCAAGAUGGUAAAACCGAAAAUAGAAGCCACAUUUCUCAGUAGAUUUUUGUUGUUCAAGAUAGCCAUGUGUAAAUAUUUUAUUCUCUGCCUCUUUAUACACUAUAUAUACAGUGUUUAUUUUAAUUUGUUUUUAUAGAACAUAAAGUUGGCAAAUUGUAAUUAAAGAUGGAGAUAUUUGUAGAUUUUAUAGAAAUAAAUAUUAUAUUUAUCAGUUU